AUGAUACCAAUGGAUAUCGAUCCAAAGGCAGACCGCCUUGUGUUCUUCUGGUCGGACAGACGUAAUCCACACGAAGUGAUGCCGGUAUUUAGACCACGAUUCGCCGUUACCAUUUGGUAUAUGGACCGUGAGGAGCGGCGAAAAGCUAUAGAGAAACAAGCGCAAGAAGCAGAAGAAUCGGAUGCAGCCAAGCAGACCAACGAACGUUCGCAGCAACCCCGCCCCCGAUUCAACGUCUUGGAAAAGAUCAUAUGCAAAUGUUCCCAAGUGCUUCGUCUGAGC